CUACAAUAUGUAUGGACAUGGCCCUCUUUGUUGAUAGAGUCCUCCAUACAUAUUGUAGUAUUCAGCUCAGGUUGUGUGAACUAUUAUGAUCCGAAAUCCUUGUUUGUUGCUUUACAGAAUCAGUGGGAUGUAAAUAUGCAAAUAUUGUCAGGGUAUGGGAGAGGGGAGAAAAAAAACACCUUGCUUUACUGAUCUGAUCAUAACACACACAAAUCAAUAGAAUGUAGUCCUAUGUUCUAUUCCAGGUGUCCAGCCUUAAGACUUGUGGACUUCAACUCCCAGAAUGACUGACUGGGGAAUUCUAGGAGUUGAAACCUGCAAGUCUUAAAGUUGCCAAAUUUGGACACCCCUGCUACUCCAAAGUAUGCAAAACCCAAAGGAUGCAAAAAAAAAAAAAAGGGCCAUAAUUUCCUCUUGGUUUCCUUUACCAACAUAUUUCAAGUCCCUGUCUAGUCACCUCAGGGACAGAGUUAAAGAACAUUGCUCAGCUGCCUGUGCCUUGGCAAGAGGCCAGGACCAGCCUUGGUCUGUCAAAUUCUUGCAGAAAGAGGCGGGUGGAUUCUCUCUCUCUCUCUCCUGCCCUUGUUCCCUUACUCUUCUACCUUUUAAGCAACUGUUUUUCAGAGAGAGCCUCUUGGGUGACAAAAGUCAGAAGCCACCCCAGCAAAACCUCCAAGUGCUGCCUGAUGCUCUUCUCACUCCUUAUUGGCCAAGAAGAGAAAACAACAAAAAAUAAAUGUGCUUCUAAAGUUUACAGUAAACUCUCCCCAGCCUCUCCCUCCCCUCUUUCAUUCUUUCAACAGAGAAGAAGCCAAAGGAAGCCUAAUGCUUAGACGCCUGCAGAAGUCUGAAAACGCUCACAAAGCAAAGCAGGCUGAAGGGAUCGCUUUUGAAGUUUACCUUUUUGGAUUAAGCUGAACGCUUGCCCUUCUCUUCGCCAUGAUCCAGUGCUACGGGACGCGGCUCGGAUCAUUCCUUGCAAUCACAAUAAUGUUUCUAUUCAGAGAGGUCAAAGGAAAUUUUGAGCUAACCAAAGCUAAAUGGCUUGAGUAUAAAGAUGAAUGUUUGAAGAGACUACAAGAAUCUAGAAUUAGCACGGGAAUAUAUUGUAAUGGAAGUUUUGAUCAGUUUGCUUGCUGGCCUCAUUCGCCACCAGGAAAUGUCUCCGUUGCUUGUCCAUCUUAUUUACCGUGGCUUAAAAAUGGAAGUGCAAGGAACGUAUACAGAGUCUGCUUGGACCAAGGGAUUUGGCAAAAUAUCGAAAAUACAACAGAGAUUUGGAAUAAUCGCUCAGAAUGCCUUGAGGAGAAUCAUUUCAAAGUAAAACCAGAAGACCUUACAUUGUUUAUGGUGCUUGAAAAACUUUCUACUGUGGGAUAUUCUAUUUCUCUUGUUUCCCUUGUCUUAGCACUCUUCAUUCUGCUGUUAUUUAGGAAACUGCAUUGCACGAGAAAUUACAUCCAUAUGAAUCUCUUUGCUUCGUUUAUCCUCCGAGCUGCAGGAGUUCUAAUAAAAGACAGCAUAACACGCAGUACUUACAAGUUUCUUUCUUCAGAGUCAGAAAGGCCAGCUGAUGAAAGUGGAUGGAUUUCUUCCUUGAGUCCAGAGAAACUAGCCUUAUGCAAGAUGGGUCCUCUUUUCAUGCAAUAUGUUGUUGGAGCAAAUUCUUACUGGCUUUUAGUAGAAGGAAUUUACCUCUACAGGUUAUUAGUAGCUACUGUGCUGUUUGAGAAACAUCAGCUGCUGAGAUACAUCUUCAUUGGAUGGGGUUUUCCAAUUUUGUUUGUAGCUCCUUGGGGAAUACUAAAAUACCAACUGGAGCAUAAUGUAUGCUGGUCAACAAAUGAGAACAUGAUAGUCUGGUGGAUCAUUCGAGGACCCAUAUUAUUUUCCAUUGUUGUUAAUUUCUGCAUCUUCCUGAACAUUCUGAAACUGUUACUUUCCAAACUUAAAGCUCAGCAGAUGACCUUUCGUGACUAUAAGUUCAGGUUGGCAAGGUCAACUCUUGUGUUAAUACCUUUACUUGGAAUUCAUGAGAUUAUUUUUAGUUUCAUUUUGGAUGAUCAUGUUGAAGGAUUCUCCAGGAAUGUCAAAACCUUCAUCCAGCUAACCAUUGGCUCUUUCCAUGGUUUUCUCGUAGCACUUUUAUAUUGCUUUUAUAAUGGCGAGGUAAAGGCUGAAUUACGCAAGCAAUGGUCUCGUUUCUUGCUAGCAUACCCCUUUGUCUAUAUGCCCUGCUUUCUUGGAAAGAACAUCAAGCACCUAAGGAACUGUCCAAACAAACAGCAUUUGAGCAAUAACGAUCCUGCCCUUGAGGUAAUGCAGCCUCCCAAGAAGCAAGCGGCCAAGGUGAGAACAUGCUGCAAUGUGGAACGAGGCCCCACAACAAGACACAACCUCAGAGCAAGCGUUUUUGACAGCAGCGAAGAAGAAAUUGCCAAUGGAGAGACCAUUGAAGAGGCUCUGGAGGAAAAUGAGGGUUAGAACUUUAAGAGAAAAACGAAUUUGUUGGGAUCUAUCUUUUGCAUGGAAGCAACUGGAAUUAAAGAUCCUAUGGAAAGAGCAAAAUGAAAGCAGCUUUGGUACAUUCCCCCUCCCCAUCCAUUCUUCAUUUUGUCAGUAAAACAAAUAUUGGCAUAUGCCAGGAGCCAUAACAGGUCGUUUUUCUUAGUUCUCAGGAACUGGAUCUGGUAUCAACACUACAUGGGAUAAAGAGAUCACACACACACGGUGAGACAGCCUGCUGCUCCUUCUGAAACUUCCAGUAUUAGGUCCACCAGAGUCUGACUGCUACUCUGACUGAACCAGGGAUUUGAUCCCAGGAGGCUGCACUUCAGGACUACAAAGGCUUUAUGAUACCAUUGAAAUGACUAACUAAAUGCACCAAGUGAAUAAAGGAACUGGUCUGAGAGUCAGUUUGCUCCCCAUACAUUUAGAUGCUUGCACAUAUACAUCUGAAAGUGUAUUUUUCAGCCUUUGCUAAAAUAAUAGUUAAAUCAGAGCUACCAUGUUUUAGGACACAGUUAUUAAUGCUUUGUCUUUCAAUAUACUUUGCAAGUCCUAAUUUCUGUUAUCCUUUCAAUAUAUCUAUAAAGCAAAUCACUAUGACCUCCAUUACACAAUUAGAAAAUUAAUUUGACUUAAUCCAGAGCAGAAAAAUCCGAGAAGUUUGAAACAGCUGGAUGAAAUGAGGAGAGAUGGGGAGUUGAGAGACUGCUGUAUGAACACAUCUUAUUUCUCAAAUAGCCAGACAAGCUGAAAUACAACUUAAAAACGCAAGAUGAAUCAAGGGAGUUGGCAAGCAGUUGGAAAGGAUUCAUUUAGGAAUGUGUAUUUGUUCUGUUUUUGUUUUAAAGGAAGAAUGGCAUUUCUUUCUUCUUAUCUCUUUCAUCUCUGUCUAUGUUUCUUCUCCACAUUGCCCUCAACUGUAUUUCUUUCCAGAAGAGAGAGAAUAGAGGAACUCCAAGCUCCAAACUAGCCAGAAUCAUCUGCAUUCUGUCCCUGGAUUCAUGAGAAAUGCUAGGUUUCUUCCUCCACCAUCCUGGGUUUUGGGUUACCUUCCAUUCCUGUUUUUAUUUUACUGCAUAAAUUGGCCAGUAGCUGGGUGUUGCAGUGUUUUCUCUUCUUGCCAGUUGAUGCCUUUUGCCCUUGCUCCUAGGGAAGUUCAAAGACGUCCUACUUAUACUCAUUCUCCUAAUGUAAAGGAGUUGGCUUUGUGUUAUGGAUUGGCUUUGUGUUAUGGGUAGUUGGUGAUUGGAGGCUGGAAAAAUGUGCAGAGACUUAAAUACACAAGCAACUGAAAGCUAAGUGGAGCAAAUACCAACCAUACCAACUUCAGAAGGUCCAAUAGUCAAUAGACAGCCUGCAGCUGUAAUAACAUUUUUCCCUUUGCAGCCUUUGCUUUAAUGGCAGCACCAAGGAAUCCAAAGUUAGUAUUUCAUUACCAAUAGGAAAAGGAGUAUAAUGAAAUGAAAAAAAAUAUUUACUCCUAAUUAAUAGAAAGCUGCUGUUUCUAAUACAGAAUAGAAAGAGGAAACAGUAGUAUAAUUAGUAGAUAUAUCUUGAUUCAAGGGGCAAAAAAAGAGAUGAUUUAAAAAUAUCAGAAUCUGGAAAGAAACCUAAGCAUGGUAAAUGUUCUAGACCAGUGGUUCUCAACCUUCCUAAUGCUGCGACCCUUUAAUACAGUUCCUCAUGUUGUGGUGACCCCGAACCUUAAAAUUAUUCCUAAAACCAUUGAAAAUAUGUGUUUUCCGAUGGUCUUAGGCGACCCCAGUGAAAAGGUCAUUCGACCCCCAAAGGGGUCACGACCGACACACACAACAGUUGAGAACCACUGUUCUAGACACACUGGAUUUAAAUGGAGCGAACAGGACAUGAAAAAAGAGAAAUAGAUAAGAAAAGAACAGACGCUAAAAUGACUUUUGAAUAAAUUAGUAGCCUGUAGAAGGGGUGGGUGAGGAAGAUAGAUGAAUUCUGACUGAGCACAAUCUGCUUACUAUGACAUCCAUGAGUAUAUAAGACCAAGAACUCUUGAUAGACAUUGGCUAGGUACACUCUUGGGCUCAACUAUAAUGUAUGAUUUAUGAUUGAAUCUCCUAUGGCUUAGUAUUAAGUAUGAUCUGAAUGGCUGUGUCUUAUUCAAAAUCCAGUGGGAUGUAUGUACCUUGCAAAUGAGUUAUAGAUCAGAUAAAAGCAGUUUUCAAGAA